AUGCCUACCCCUUCUUCACCUACUGAGUCCGUUGAAGCUACGAUAUCGCACACAUCGUGUCCACCUGAAGAUGACAGGUCUAUCUGGAGAAUAGCAGAGAUGGAAGGUACAAUCGAGUCUCCGAUUCUAGAUGCAGGAACUACACAACAACCUACGCCUCCGCCUCAUGAUUUACGAAGAGCUGAUACGACUGUAACAUCUCAAACUGACUUGCGAAAUACCAAAAAUAUGGAUAUCGAUGAAGAGACAAAUGGGCCCGACAUGCUUUCUCCUAUUAGUGCGGAUGGAGAUAAGCAUGAUGACGCUGAAAUAGGUGCCAUCUCUCAUCCACGGAUUCCUUCGCCAUCCUUAGGUUAUGAUUUUUCGAACGUUAGAUUAUUACCAUCUUCACCUUCCUCCAAAUUACGACCAGGUAGCAAAUUUCAUGGCACACAACAAUCAGAACGGCAGGUCUAUGACGUACAGGUUGAAAUUAAGCAUGUAGAUAUGAGGGAAUCGUUCCUAUGCGGAUACUUGCGCAUCCAAGGCCUGACGGAAGACCAUCCCACACUUACAACGUACUUCGAAGGUGAAAUUAUUGGAUCAAAAUAUUCGUUUCUCACCCAACAUGAAGAUUGGGGGUCGACAGACAAAGUCGAUUUAACACAUUGGGCAAAAUUUCAAGCCUUCCGCCCUUUUCAGAAAUCGGCGAAAAAAGGAAACUGCCACAUACCAAAUCUCGCACAACGAGAGAAUAUUUUUAUGAGAUGGAAGGAGCACUUUUUAGUGCCUGAUCAUCGUGUUAGGACGAUUAGUGGUGCAAGUUUCGAAGGGUUCUAUUACAUCUGCUUCAACCAGGUCGAGGGAAGAGUUAGCGGAAUUUAUUUCCAUGCCAAGAGCGAGAAAUUUCAACAACUAGAGUUGAAACAUGUUGAAGACAAAGGAUGUUUUCAAGCAGUGGAAUUUAGAUGA